UGUGUUUUUAUACUUUUAUUCACAUUGCCGAAAAUAUCAAUAUAUAUUUGGUCUUUUCAAGGGCAAUUCGGUCUUUUGCACAAAACAUUCUCUCCCUCCGUCUAUUCCGCCACUGUUGAAUUCUCGGUUUUUCUUUCCAUUUUCAAUCCUGCACUCCCUCUAUAGACUAUACGUAUAUAUGCAUGUACGUAUACAUACACAUUCAUUCCAAACCCUAGAUCAAAACAUGAAUCAUCAACACAUCUGUUUUCAUCGUCACCGUCACCGUCGCCGGAGCCAGUUUUCUUCUCCGUCACCGUCACCAUUGCUGACGUCAUCCUCCACCGUCUAUCACCUCCUCCUGUUCACCUUAUGUAUUACUACUACUAACCAUUUCUUCAUAGAUAACAAUCCUAUACACACAGCGAUGGCGUUUGAUCUGAACACGAUAACUUUCGAUCAAGGCUAUGUUCCUCUGUUCAGCGACUUUAACAUCGAUCGAUCUGAAGACGAUACGAACGUACGUCUCCUCCUCAAUCGUCAAUCCGGAUCUGGUAUUAUAUCAUCCGAUUAUUACAAUUAUGGAUUCUUCAGUGCCAAAAUCAAAUUGCCGACGGAGAAUACAGCAGGCAUUGUGGUGGCGUUUUACAGUAGUAAUGUGGAUGUGUUUCCUAAAAGACAUGAUGAAUUAGAUGUGGAGUUUUUGGGGAAUGUUAGAGGGAAACCGUGGAGGUUUCAGACGAAUGUUUACGGUAACGGUAGCACUAGCCGUGGCCGGGAAGAGAGAUACCGCUUGUGGUUUGAUCCGAGUAAGGAGUUUCAUCGGUACAGUAUUCUUUGGACACGCAACAAGAUCAUAUUCUACGUGGAUGAAAUCCCAAUAAGGGAGGUUUUGCGAGACGAGAACAUGGGAGGAGACUACCCAUCAAAACCCAUGUCUUCAUACGCCACCGUAUGGGACGCCUCAACAUGGGCCACCGGUGGCGGCCGUCACAAAGUAGACUACCGCUUCGAACCCUUCACCUCCGAGUUCCAGGACCUUGUCCUCCAGGGCUGUCCAGUUGACCCCACCGAUGCAGCCUCAACCAACUGCCUUGACGCCAUAGACGAACUCGAAGCAUCUGAAUUUGCCACCAUCACUCCACGACAGCGCCAAGCCAAGAAGUGGUUUAGAGAAAAAUACAUGUAUUAUAGCUACUGUUAUGACAGAGUAAGAUACCCUUCUCCGCUGCCGGAGUGCUUGUUAAUCUCAUCCGAACAAGAACUGUUCAAGAAUAAUGGGAGGCUAAAGAACCCCCCACGAUUUCAUCGGUAUCGGCAUUCCCGGGGAGGCUCACAGCGGCAACCCAAUACGACAGCUGCAUAUUAGCCCAUGUCAGGGGUACUUGCAUUAUAUAUAUAGGGCACGACUUAAGUAAAAAAUAGCGAUAACCGCACGCAUGUACCUGACAUAUAAUGGAAAGACAUAGCCGUAUUGCAUAAAA